UUGAAUUUACAUUCAAUUCCGCCAACUCUUGGAUUCAUUAAAAACGUUAUCAAAAUGAAGUGUUUCAUUCUAUUGACUAUUGUGUGUGCCACCAUUGGCUUUUCCGAGCAAGCUAUAUCAAAGGAACAAGUGAUAGAAAUGUUCAAAAAAAUGGCUGAAGAAUGUGCCGGCAAGGAAGGAGCUACUGCUGCUGAUUUACAAGAGGCAGCUGAAAAGAAAUUACCAAGCACUCCUAGUGGCAAGUGCAUGCAUGCAUGUGUCCUUGAAAAAAUUGGAUUCUUGAAAGACAAUAAAGGAAACAUGGAAGGUUACGUUGGAUUGGCCAAAGAGGUAUUUGGAAACGAUGUUGCAAAUAUACAAAAAGCGACUGAAAUUGCAAAUGAAUGCGCAAAUGUAUCGGAUACCGAUAGAUGCGAAGCUGCUUUCAAAGUAGUUAAAUGUGCCGAUGCAGCUGCUCAGGCACGUGGAGUUAGUUUAUGCUUCGGAGAAUGGUAGUUGCCGAUUAGUAGACAAAACGAAUCAAAUCAAAAUAAGAAGUUAAGUAACGAACAGUGCAAUUAGAAUGGGAGUUUCAUUUUUUUUUGGUUAUUGUCGAUACUAAGUAUUAUUAUUGAUUAGUGAUCGAAGCACGGAUUAUGAAUUAAAACUAUGCAAACACUCAA